AUGACGAAGGGAAUGUCUUCAUUUGGUAAGAGCCAGAAUAAGAUGAAAACUUUGUGCCUUCGCUGUGGCUCUAAGGCGUACCAUCUUCAGAAGUCAACCUGUGGUAAAUGCGGGUAUCCUGCCAAAGGCAAGAGAAAACAUAAUUGGAGUGCAAAGGCUAAACAGUGCAACAGUACUGGUACUGGUACUGGUCGAAUGAGUCACCUAAAAUUUGUCUACCGCCCAUUCAGGAAUGGAUUCCAUGAAGGAAGAACACCUAAACCCAAGAGAAAAGCUGUUGCAGCAUCUAGUUCAUCUUGA